CUACUAUUUUAUUUUCUCUUCACAGCCUCCUUCACUUUCUCUCUCUUCUUGCUUCUCUCUCUUCUUGCUCCUCUCUCCUUUUCAAUUACUCUCUCUACCAAGGAGUGAUGGCUGUGCAACUGUGGGAAACCCUGAAGGAGGCCAUCGUGGCCUACACCGGCUUCUCUCCUUCCACCUUCUUCACGGUGCUGGCGCUUCUUUUUGCCGCUUACUACGUCGUCACGGGUCUUUUUGGUUCCUCCGACGACCACCACCACCGCCACCGCCACGCCCAGGAGGAGGAGAUGCCGCCUCUGCGCCCCCCGGUUCAGCUCGGCGAGAUCACGGCGGAGGAGCUCAAGGCCUACGACGGCACCGAUCCCGAGAAGCCCUUGCUCAUGGCCAUCAAGGCCCAGAUCUAUGAUGUCUCCCAGAGCAGGAUGUUUUAUGGACCUGGUGGACCUUAUGCCCUAUUUGCUGGCAAGGAUGCUAGCAGAGCCUUAGCGAAGAUGUCUUUUGAAGAGAAAGAUCUGACUGGGGAUAUUUCUGGUCUUGGCCCAUUCGAGAUUGAUGCCUUACAAGACUGGGAAUAUAAGUUUAUGAGCAAGUAUGUAAAGGUUGGAACUGUUAAAAGUGAAGAAGUUCCAGUAACUGAACCAGAGUCCACUGGUGAACCAUCAGAAUCUACUUCUCGUGAUAUUGAUGCUGCUGCUGCUGCUGCCAAGCAUACUGAGGAUGGCAAAUCAGAAACUCCUGCGGUUAAAAGCGAUGAAACCCCUUCAAAUGUUGAUGCCGAUAUAGAGUAAUGGUUGAGUUGUGCCACAAAUACCCCUGCGGAAAAUGAAGAAAAAAAGAACUUCAUAGUAAAGACUGAGCAAAUGUAAGGCAAGUUUUCGAAGAUAGUCUGGGCCAACUCUUCUGCACCGUGCCUUUGCUUGAAUAAUGAAUUGUCAGGGGUAAAUUUAUGUGUGGAUCCAUAAAAAAAAGGUAGUAACUUUAAGUUAGAUCUUCUUUUCGAAUUCCAUAGUAUGCAUAUCAUUUAAAUGCAACAGAGCAAUACAUCUGUGGUCGUAUCUUAGUCCGAGUAAUGAAUGAUCUUUUGUUUAAUUGAGUAAUACUACAUUGGUCUGUGGCAAGAAUAAUUGUAUAAUGCUACAUUUGUGGUCGUAUCUUCUUUUCGAAAUCCAUAGUCUUUUGAACUAUGCAUUGGUCUAGCUAGUGACUUCAAGUGCCGUGACUUUCUUAUCCCAGAAAUUGAUAGGGAUGGUGUGAUGUUGCUUUCUGAA